AUGACGCAGCCUAAAAACAUAAUUCGUCUCUCUGCUUCCCAGCUCUCUCCUCAUCGUCCCUGCUCUCCCCGCAUCUUUUCCGUUCUCCCCGCAUCUUCUCCGUUCUCCCCGCAUCUUCUCCGCUCUCCCCGCAUCUUCUCCGUUCUCCCCGCAUCUUCUCCGUUCUCCCCGCAUCUUUUCCGUUCUCCCCGCAUCUUCUCCGCUCUCCCCGCAUCUUUCCCGCCCUCCCCUCAUGCCCCCCUCUCUCCCUUCAUCCCCCCAGCCCCCCUUCAUAUCACCGCCGCGCUCUCUUGCUCUCUUCCUUCACGCCCACCCUCAUCUCCCUUCCACUCCCCCCUCGUUCCCCAUCUCUCCCCCACCUCCCCUCUUCCCGCAUUUCCGACUUACCCGUGUUCCCCUCCCCCCACCAUACCUCAGUUUCCCUCCCCCCCCCCCCCUCACGCCUCCUCUCCCUCCCGAUCCGCCCCUCAUCUCCCUCCCCUCCCAUACCACCGCAACCCCAUCACCCCUCAUCUCCCUCACUCCCCUUCCCCCUCUCUACAACCUAACCUCCCAACAUCCCCCUUUGCUCUCCCCUCAGCUUGCCCCCACUCACCCUUCAUCUUCCAUGUCUUUUGA